GUUUUAUUAUCUCCACAGCCCAGUGAGAGUCAAAGAGUCGCCAGGGGACCAUACCUACAUGGUCACCUGCCACCACCUCCUCUGACCUUAAGGCCAAGAUGGGGUCCAUCACGUCUUCCUCUUCAGUCUGGCCCAAGACGUACUCUACCACUUCCUCCUCGCUUCAUCCCUGGGCGCAUUCUAUUACCACCUCUUCCUCCCUCUAGCCCAGGGCAAGUUCCACCACCACCUCCUCCUCCUUUGGGCCCAGUGAGAAUUCCAUCUCAACCUCUUCCAUUGGUACCUAUUAGACAACCUCUUCGAUUGGUACUUAUUAGACGACCUCAACCUUUUCCAAGUUAUCCAAAUCCACCUUUCCAACCAAGACCCUAUCCUCCAAUACCUAUUAGGGUGCCAAGACCUCCACUUGCUUUUAUUCCUGUACAUCUUCCUAUUUACCCUCAUUUCCCUAACCUUAAACCCCAAAUAAUAACAACCACCACAGCUACAACUACAACCACUACCACUACAGAACCCACCACCACCACAACAGCAGCUAUCACCACUUCUACAGAAGCUACCACUGCCAAAACGGCAGCUAUCACCACUUCUACAGAAGCUACCACUGCCACAAUGGCAGCUAUCACCACUUUUACAGAAGCUACCACCACAACAACAGCAAGCACCACCACUUCCACAGAACCCACAACCACGACAGGAACCAUCUUCACUUCCAUAGAACCCACAACCACAAUAGCAAGCACCACCACUUUCACAUUACCCACAACUACAACAGCAACCACUGUCACUUCCACAGAACCCACAACCACAACAGCAACCACUAUCACUUCCACAGAACCCACUACAACAGCAACCACCAUCACUUCCACAGAACCCACUACUACAACAGCAAUCACCAUCACUUCCACAGAACCCACAACCACAACAGCAACCACCAUCAUUUCCACAGAACCCACUACUACAACAGCAACCACCAUCACUUCCACAGAACCCACAACCACAAUAGCAAGCACCACCACUUUCACAUUACCCACAACCACAACAGCAACCACCAUUACUUCCUCAGAACCCACAACCACAACAGCAACCACCAUCACUUCCACAGAACCCACAACCACAACAGCAACCACCAUCACUUCCACAGAACCCACUAUCACAACAAUAAGCACCAUCACUUCCACAGAACCCACUACCACAAAAGCAGCCUCCAUCACUUUCACAGAACCCACUAAUACAGCAACAACAGAAUCCAUCACAACAUCAGCAGAAACCGCCACCACAGCAUCUACUGUAUCUAGAAUUACAACCAACUCUCUCUCCACCACAUUCCCCAGCACCACUAUCCAAGUUACAACCCCCAUUCAAACUAUUUCAAGCAGCACAGUUUUACAGAGUUUGUGGGAUAAAUUUCUUGCCAUUUUUGGUUGAAGAUACAAUAAAUUAUGGUUUUCAAACUGCUCUGAGGUCUUGGGAAAAACGAAUUUCAGUGACUCCAGUGAAACAAACCCCGAUCUAACCAGGCCACCAAACAAAUAAAGCAUUUGAGCAAUAAAAACCAAACCAAGGCCGUUGCCGUCAAGUUAAUUCCAACUCAUAGUGACCUUAUAAGAUAGUGCAGAACUGCCCCAUAGUGUUUCCAAGGAGCAGCUGGUGAUUUGAACUGCCGACAUUUAUGUUGGCAGCUAAACACUUAACCACUGCACCACUAGGGCUCCAUUUAAGCAACAAUGUGCAUCUACU